CUGGCCUGCGUAUCUCCGGCGGUCCAGCUUCACUAAUUCGGGCAAGGGAAAAAGUUACGGGAUCCGCGUCCAAAAGAAGCGGACAGAAUCGCGACGGCGACGGCACCAAAGAUUCACGCACGCACUGGUCCGCGGAGGUUCACCGGCAUGGCGAUGCCUGUCUCACUCCCGUCUCGUCUCCGCUAGCUCCUUCUCCACCCGCUCGCCACGAACCAGCUGACAGUCAAAACCGAUUGAGAAAGGGGCAACCUACCCGCUACGUCCCCGCGGGACCCACGCACCCACAGUCGCUACGUGCUCGAUCGCUCCGGUCGUGUGCCGCCGUAUAGCUCCGCGGUUCUUGGCUGAACCCCAUUAAUUCUUCCAGUCUCUUCCCGUGGAAGCGGCGCGAAGCUUGGCUUAGGGCGAGCCUCUGCGCGGUGCCGGGGCAAUGGCGGUGCAGCACUCCCUCCAGGUGAUCGACGGCCGGUGCGACGACGACGGGAGCCCGCCCCGGACCGGGACCGAGUGGACGUGCGCGGCGCACAUCAUCACGGCGGUGAUCGGGUCCGGGGUGCUGUCGCUGGCCUGGGGCGUGGCGCAGCUGGGGUGGGUGGCCGGGCCGGCGUGCAUGCUGUGCUUCGCCGUCGUCACCUACGUCUCCGCCUCCCUCCUCUCCGACUGCUACCGCUGCCAGGACGCCGAGAAGGGGCCCAGGAACCGCUCUUACAUGGACGCCGUCCGCGUCUACCUCGGCAAGAAGCAGACCUGGGCUUGCGGCUCGCUGCAGUACCUGAGCCUGUACGGCUGCAGCGUCGCGUACACCUUCACCACCGCCACUAGCAUCAGGGCGAUCCUGAAGGCCAACUGCUACCACGCGCACGGGCACGACGCGCCCUGCAGCUUCGACGGCAGCUACUACAUGCUCAUGUUCGGCGGGGUGCAGCUCCUCCUCUCCUCCAUCCCGGACUUCCACGACAUGGCGUGGCUCUCCGUCGUCGCCGCGGUCAUGUCUUUCUCCUACGCCUUCAUCGGCCUCGGCCUUGGCCUCGCCAGCACCAUCUCUAACGGCGUCAUCAAAGGGAGCAUAACGGGCGUCCCAAUGAAAACCCCUGUCGCCAAGGUAUGGCGCGUCUCACAGGCCAUCGGCGACAUUGCGUUCGCGUACCCGUACUCCUUGAUCCUCCUAGAAAUUCAGGACACCCUCAAGUCGCCACCGGCCGAGAACAAGACGAUGAAGAAGGCGUCCAUCAUCUCCAUCCUGGUCACCACCUUCUUCUACCUCUGCUGCGGCUGCUUCGGCUACGCCGCCUUCGGGAACGACGCGCCGGGGAACCUCCUCACCGGCUUCGGCUUCUACGAGCCCUACUGGCUCAUCGACUUCGCCAACGCCUGCAUCAUCCUCCACCUGCUCGGCGGCUACCAGGUGUACAGCCAGCCGAUCUACCAGUUCGCGGACAGGCACUUCGCGGAGCGGUACCCGGGGAGCGGGUUCGUGAACGACUUCCACACGGUGAAGGUGCCGCUGCUGCCGGCCUACAGGGUGAACCUGCUGCGGGUGUGCUUCCGGACGGCGUACGUGGCGAGCACGACGGCCGUGGCCAUCUUCUUCCCCUACUUCAACGAGAUCCUGGCGCUGCUGGGCGCGCUCAACUUCUGGCCGCUGGCCAUCUACUUCCCCGUGGAGAUGUACUUCAUCCAGCGGAAGGUGCCCCGCUGGUCCACCCGGUGGCUCGUCCUCCAGGGCUUCAGCACCGUCUGCCUGCUCGUCAGCGCCUUCGCGCUCGUCGGCUCCAUCCAGGGGGUCAUCACCCAGAAGCUAGGCUAGUAAUAGUGUAGUAUCUUCGGGCUGGGAUUGGGUUGCUCCUUUCUACUACUAGUGUGUCAUAGCGACUGGGGAGCAUUAGGUUUCUCCCUCCGUGCUGAUGAACAAGCAUGUUGUAUCUGCUGGACCGCAGUGGCACGCCGUUUUCAGUGCCUUCGUUUCUUGGCCGUGGCUGAUGCAUCGGACUGAAACCUGUACACAUGUUAGAUUGCCAGGUUACUUGAGUUGAGGAGAAUGUUGGCAAUCCUGUCCCGUGCAGCGCGAUGUGCAGUUGCAUAAUUCAGAACUUGACUGAUUGCUCAGCGUUGCCUGGUCAUUCAGCAUGCAUAAAACA